ACAAAAUGCAGUCACACUUGUAUCAAAAUAAGCGAAAACAGCACGUUUUCUUGUAAAUAUAUAGAAAUAUAAAUAAAAUACAAACAUGUUCCGCCUGCAACAAUCACAGCCAGAUCCUGCCGAGGAGAAGAAGCGUGUGGCCGCCGAAGUUCGCUUUAAUUUCAUCGUUUUUGGCACUCUCAUCGCCGCCAUCAGAUUGGCUCCGGUGGUUCUGCAGCACCUGAAUACGGCCUAGAAGUAAUGUUUACUAUAAAGUGGAAGAUCAAAGAUGUCCCGUUGUUUGGUUAUAUCAACUAGUUAUCAAUUACAAUGGUUCAAACUAAUUUAGUAGAAAACCGGCACACAAAAUGCAUUUAUUUAAAAGCACUUUGACUAAUUGUAAACCGUUUAAAGUUAAACCCGAGACAUUUUAAAAGUUGAAAGGACUAUUUAUGGAAGGUACCCGAGGAGGAACUCUAUUAUUAUGAAAGUGUUUAAAUAAAAGCCAAGGAAUAACAAAAUUAAA